AUGAGAAAUCUUAAACAAGAAGACUUUAGCGGAAGAAAACGUCUUAGAGCAGAUACUUUCGUUCAUGAAAAUUACUCGCGAAUAAGAAGACGUUUACGUGACUAUGGUGAUAGAUUACACAGUCGUCUUAAGCCCGAAAGAAAGAGAGCGUACAAGACGAAGAAAAAGAAGGAAGAUAGCGACGGCAACCUUUCCAGCACAGUUGAAAGCAUCAGUUCACGGAAGGAAAACUAUCAUGAUGCCCAAGAAAAAUGGGGUAAGAAAGAUCCAGAAACUCCAAAACAUAAUCCAAGACUUGGGCAAUUCCAACAAUCUCCAAAGAUACCGUUGAGUAGUAAACCAGACUUUAAAAAGGGAAAGUCUAAAAGAAAGAUUCAUCCAUCAUGUUCUGAAACACAUAGAAAACCUAAUCAAAGAAUGAAUGCAUGUAGUUAUGAUGAACAGAAACCUGACAAAAUGCCUUCUAAAAUUAAUAUGGGUGUGUCAUCAGAGCAGGAAAAUGCAAGCAGAGGAGUAAAAUGUGCUCCUAAAAGUGUUCUCAAAAAUGAAGGUCCAGCUAAAUCCAGAUUAACAAGGAAGGAGACAAACCGAAAAUGGGAAAAAAUGGACAGAGUGUAUAUACCUACACGACGGAGAUGAAGAAGAUAAUGCUGAGAGGGAUAUUAGUACAAAACGUAAUCUUUCCAGCACAGAUGAAAGCAUCAAUUCACGAAAUGAAAACAGUCAUGAUGCCCAAGAAAAAUUGGGUAAGAAAGAUCCAGGAACGCCAAAACAGAAUCCAAGAGUUGGACAAUUCCAACAAUUCCCAACGAUACCAUUGAGCACUAAACCAGACUUUGAAAAGAUUAAGUCAAAAAGAAGUGUUCAUCCAGCUUGUUCCGAAUCACAUAUAAAAAAAAAAAGAAAAGUGAACGCAUGUAGUUAUAAUGAACAGAAACCUGGCAAAAUGAAUUCUAAGAUGAAUACCAGUGUGUCAUCAGAGCAGGAAAAUGCAAGCAGAGUAGUAAAUGGUACUCGUAAAACUGUUCUCAAAAGUAAAGGUCCACCUAAAUCAAGAUUAACAAGGAAGGAGAGAAUCGAAAAUAGGAAGAAAUGUACUUUCUUCUAUCUUCGAUUAUGGAACACGAUGUUAAAGGGAGGCAACGAAAAAAGAUUAUAUGAAAUAAUAUCAAGAACUCGUCAAAUGAUCGACUAUGAGGCAUGUGAUUACAUAUUGAUCCCAAUUAAUAUCCACAACCACUGGACAGCAGUGGUGAUCAACAUUUGGAACACGCAAAUGUUUUACUAUGAUCCCAUGGGCAAAGGAAUCCAAAAUGAGACAGUAAUAAAAUUAUUCAAAGUUUUUUUUUAG